UCAGGAUCCACAGGGGCACAUCUAGUCAUGGUUCCAAUCAAAGGGUCGCCGCCAGCAUGGACAGCCCACGAUGACUACCACAUGACCUUCUGUGCCAAUGUCGCAUGCGAUAACGGAACGAUCUGGGUACGAGACGCUGGGAUCUACCUCGUGUACUCGCACAUCACACUUAACGUGACACGUGGCUCCACAUACACCAUCUUCACACACAGAAUGCAACUUACCAGACGGAACAUGCCUCCUAAGCAGCUUCUGAUGAGUAAGACCUCAUUCACACGAACAGCAUCUCCACAGCGAAACUCUUUUCUCUCCGCCGUUUUGAAACUCGAAGAACGCGAUUCCAUCGGCGUCCACAUACCUGAUCAAAACACUGAUCUGGUCGAGAAGGGUGGGUUUUCAAACUACAUUGGUAUAUUCAAAUUGUGAGGUGAGGUGGGGAUAUGAGGAAUAAAGACUAUUAUUGCACUUUUAUAGCAACGUGAGAAUGUUCAACAUGGAUGUCUUGCCAUCCUGACACAGGUAUAGCUUUGUUGUUGUUUUUCAAUGGAUACAUUUUGUAUGUAUUUAAGAUUGCAUGUGAACUAUAUUCUGUAAACUUAUUGAUUGUGUACUCCAAAAAGAAAUAACAUAACCCACAAAAAACAUUAAGUGGUACACAUUGGACAUAUCUUUUCUUAACGUACAUACUUCUCUAUAUGUUGCUACAAAUGGUUCGCAUUUAUUUUCUUCCAUACAUAUAUAUACUGCCAUCAAAGAAUCAAUGUUAGACUAUGAAGUAAAAAACAUGUUUGCAGCUGCAACAAUAUGCGAAAUUCAAGGUAUAAAACUGCUCACACACACACACACACACACACACACACACACACACACACACUAUGCUUUACCUUUUCUUCUUCUAGUAUAGCUUGGGGCGGUCGGGUAGCCUAGCGGU